AUGUCGUCGUACUCAGUUUGCGUUUCAUGUAGAAUUUCUACUCGACCUCAUUUCUGUUGGGUACAUCAACAGCCAAGGCUCUGCAUUGGCCGUGGGAGUGAAUUAGGUGAUUUCGUCCAAGUUGGUCACCUGCAUUCUCCUGUUUGUCAGAUUUGCAGACAGCGAGCCGCCCUAAUUGCUUGUUACACGGAAAGCUCCAAGAUGUGCUCUGACUGCUUCUUAGCUAACGUUUGCAUACAAGCCCGUCAUGCCGUACAUGUUAUUCCGUUUUCUACCCAUACGUUCUGUGCUCCUUAUCUUCUUCAACCUGGAGCCUAUGGUAGCAGAGGAGGAGGACGCCACUCUGAUGGCAGAGGAGGCGGACGUGGCUCUGAUGGAAGAGGAAGUGGACGCGGAGAUGGCAGAGGAGGAGGACAGAAAAGAAAUCGUGAUAGUGUCCCAGAAACACUGGAACUUCUUGGCAAUACUGGAGGCGCCGGACCUAGUCAGCCUACUGCUGCUGGUGGAGCUGCUGCUCUCCUACUCUGGUUUUACGGGAGUUACAUACCUGAGCAAAUCACAGGAUCAUUUCGGCUUCCUGUGGUGAUUGAUGGUCAACAAAUGUCCAGCUAUAAUUCGGAGACUAUGGUAGAAUACAGUGCCAGUGCCGGUUUGAUUGAGAAGCAUGCCACCGAUGUCAUCGCUGGAUCCACUAGGGUUUCGAGGACGGAACCAUUGCAGCUGAGUAAAUCUAGUGCUGAAGCAUUGUUCGCACUGAUGCAGAGUGCAACGUUGUCUCUUGUUAAGAUCCUUCUCCGCGGAGAUUUUUCCGAGUACCCUCUUGACGGAAGAAUGCACUGCACCGAGCGCUUGGCUGGUAUGUUUGACAAUUAUAUGGAUGAGGUGCAAGCGCAGCCGGAGGAUGUGACAGAGUUUUUGAAGAACGAGUGCAAGAUAGUAGAAGAGUUUGCGUGUGUUGACAUGGCCGAAGCUGUAGCCAGAUCAGCGUUUUUGGCGAUCCUCUCGCAGCGUAUGGAUGAAAUGCACCCGAAGCCUGCCGAUCUCAUCAGUAGCGUAUGGGAUUACGUUGAAGAAGUUCUCUCGAGUGUCUUCACCAGAUAUUGUGACGAGUUCCCAGAUGUACGAUCUUCCGUGAAACGAGCUGCUAAAAGUCUGAUCCGCAGGAUGAAGGAGCAAUCGUUGCAACGAGUUGCAGAGAUUGUUUCCAGGGAGAAGCUUACUGACUACACUUGCAACAGAGCCUGCAUGAGCUCGUGGACUCAGAAGAUGAGUGAGCAACAAGCCUUCAUCGAUGCUGUUUUGCAGGAGGGUAACGGACCUGCGUGCUUCUCGCUAACCGGUUUUGGUGAUGUGGAUGUUUCCCAUCUGAGAAAUUAUGAGGCUGAUCUACUUCAAAAGGCCUUUGGCGUUAAGAUGAAGAUGUCUUCGUACUGGCCUAUCGUCUUGCAGAGAUUGACGGAUAGCAUGUUUAUGGAUAUUCAACUCUCGCUGAGUGUUCUUCUCAGCAGCAGUCACUUCCUGACGGAGUUUCUCUCGCAAGUGGUGGAUCUUGGAGGCGGUGGAAGAAGAGUUGAGGGGAUGCUGCCAGGUGGCGAGCAAGAAAGUGAGAUGUUGAAGGACAGUAUGGGACUCUUGAAAGAUGCUGUCCUCUGUUGA